AUCCUUUCUCCUCCUCCUCCUCCUCCACGUCAACGUCCUGACGGAACUGAGUCUCUCUCUGACGUAAUUGCGGGUUCCCUCCACGCAGGGCAAAGGCACGAGCCGCCGCGUAACUCCUGAUCCCGAUCCGCACCGGACAUUCCGGGCGAAAGUCUCCCGUGUGCUUUUUGACUGCCUUAAGACCAAAAGCUCGCUCGAUUUCCUUUUUCAACCGACGUGUUCGUCACCUGUGCUUAACCGUUUUGGCAGUCGUCGGCAGAAGCGCAUUUCAAAAUGUGGAUUUAAAAUCGAUACCGUGAGAGGACGCUGACCAAGUAGCGCUUGCCGAAUUUAGUCUUGUGGGUCGUUAAUAUGAUGCAUCCACGACUAUGGAAAGCCCUGUUUGGAAUGACCGUGCUCUACCAGCUGGUAAUGGCAGGCAAAUACGGAUGUCUGUUUGACAAGAGGCUGUGCUCUAGAGAGCAGUUCUGCUCUGAUGACAGGUUGUUUGGCCAGUGUUGGAGUUCUAAGCAUGAGCAGGUUCAGUACCAAGUGUCUGUGUCUGUUCUCCGGAGACUGCAGGAAGUUCUCAAACAGCUGAUGAUGCAAGGAUUCUCCUGGCAGGAUGAUAUUACCCAGCACAUCAUAGCGAAAGAGCUGAGCCGAAUUCCUCACAUACGGGCCCAAAGCUCUCAGCCAGCACAAUUUAAGCAAGCUACUCCUAAGAAGGCUUUUUCAAGCGCCAUGUCUGAACCCAGUGUGGCUCAGAACUAUCUGGAUUACAUGAUCUUAGAUCCUCGCCAGUCCUCUUCGCUACGCAUGCAAGCCUUGCCGUUAGACCGAUAUGCAUAUCUUCAGGACGACAUGGCGCAUUCACUCCACCCGCACACUGGUGUGGGCUACCCGCGUCCCUCCUCCCGCACCGGCUCGCGGCAGCGAGACAGAGACCGCCAGCUCCUGGAGGAUGCCAUCUCCCUCUACCUCUCCUCUGCACCGCCCUCUUUCCACCAUCGGGGGGCAGCAGGCUUGCCCACUGCUCCUUAUUACGAGGACUUGGACUUCCCGCUAGAUUAUGGAGAGGACUACACCCUGCAGGAGCGACCCAGCUCACGCCAGCGGACCAACAAAAAGGUUCCACAGGACUACACCUCCCUGUCCGGACUGGACGAUGACACAGUAGUGCAGCUGGCAACGUUGCUGGAGAGGUUUGGGGCGGAUCCACAAGACCUGAGCCCUCAGCAGUUCAACAGAUUUGCCAUCCUUUUGCAGCUUUUACAGGCAGAAGACACUGAGAGGACAGAUCCGGGAACAGUCACGGUCAAAGAGCUGACUGUAGAGGGUAGUGACACGGUGUCACAGAAAGGUGCCGAACCUCUGUCUCCUGCUGCUGCCUUGCCCUCUACCAUCGAGCCCACGCUGACCCCUACGCCAACCCUUUCCACCGCAGUCCCGGUGACCGUGGCUCGAGGGGCCGGUCCCACUCCACAGGUGCCCGUUGUGCCGGUGGAGGAUGUGGAGCUGAAGGAAAAGACCUCUUCGGACCUGAAAACAGGAGCCAAAGACAGGAGCAGUGUCAGAGAGGAGUACGGUUACAUAGUCACGAACCAGAGUUCUCUGAGUCUGUAUGACGGAGUGAAGCUGUUAGAGACACUGGCAGACAGGAUCCGCCUGACAACAAGCAGUUUCAUCAACUUCAGUGUGGUGGGGCCCGCACUGACAUUCAGGAUCAGGCAGAACUCUCUGAACCUCAACGCUGAGGACGUGGCGAGUCAGGCUGUGGCUGAAAAGAAUUUCUUGGAGGGAGAAACAGGACUAAAGAUCAUUCAGACAGGAGUCGGAGAGAGGAGUGAGGGUCGUGGGAUUCCCCAGGCCACGCGGAUCGGCGAUGGCUCACGCGGACUGGUCCUCACUAUGGUCGCCAUGGCGUGCGUCAGUGUGGUGGUUCUGGUCGCCUUGGCGAUCACCUGUUUGCGCCACCACGCCCGGCAGCUAGCCUCAGGCAAGCUGGGACUGGGCCCUGAGGCGGGCACUGAGACCCACUUUGACUACCAGGAGCUGUGCCGGCAGCACAUGGCAGCAAAGUCAUCGUUCAGCCGGGCGGAGCCGGGCGGGCGCAGAGGUACGGACACAUCCCGGGUGAGCAGCGUGUCGUCGCAGUUCAGCGACGGGCCACAGCACAGCCCGAGCUCUCACAGUAGCACGCCGUCCUGGAGCGAGGAACCCGCCCAGUCCAACAUGGACAUCUCCACCGGACACAUGAUCCUGGCGUACAUGGAGGACCACCUGAAGAACAAAGACCGUCUGCUCAAGGAGUGGGAGGCUCUGUGCUCUUACCAGGCUGAGCCCAGCUCUGUCUCCACCGCCCAGAGUGAGCGCAACCUGGAGAAGAACCGCCACCCUGACUUCGUGCCCUAUGACCACUCCCGGCUGAAGCUGAAGCCAGAGACCAACCCUGCUAGAGAGGACUACAUCAACGCCAGCAUUAUAAUAGACCAUGACCCUCGCUUGCCGGCCUAUAUUGCAACCCAAGGCCCCCUGUCACACACCACUGCCGAUUUCUGGCAGAUGGUGUGGGAGAACGGAUGCACAGUGAUAGUGAUGAUGACUGCUCUCGUAGAGGACGGAGAACAGCAGUGUGAACGAUACUGGCCUGAUGAAGGAUCGUCUUUAUACAACAUUUAUGAGGUGAACCUCGUGUCAGAGCACAUUUGGUGUAAGGACUUCCUGGUGCGUAGCUUCUACCUAAAGAACGUGCAGACACAGGAGACGCGCACGCUGACUCAGUUCCACUUGCUCGGCUGGCCCGCACAGGGCAUUCCCACCUCCACACGCCCUCUGCUGGACUUUCGCAGGAAAGUGAAUAAGUGCUACCGCGGCCGAUCCUGCCCAAUCAUUGUGCACUGCAGCGAUGGAACUGGACGAACUGGUACUUAUAUUCUAAUAGACAUGGUCCUGAACCGCAUGGCCAAAGGUGUGAAAGAGAUCGAUAUUGCUGCAACGCUGGAACACAUUCGUGACCAGAGACCAAAUAUGGUGCGCACUAAGGACCAGUUUGAGUUUGCCCUCACCGCAGUGGCUGAAGAAGUGAAUGCCAUUCUGAAAGCCCUCCCACAGUGAGCCACCCUGCACCACGCUGGGUUGCCAAUCUUCAUACUGCCUCCCUUCACUCACACACACACACGCGCUCACAAGCUAUUAUCUGAACAAUACCAUGUUUGUGACAUUUUCUAAUGCAUUUCUGACCAUGGCCUUAUUUACUACAAGUACAGGGAAGGCUGCACAAAAUCAUUUCAACAGUGACCGCUGUGUGCUGGGUCCAAACGGCACAGCUUUUGUAAUGAGGUAAUCAGAGGUUCAGGUGCAGACACAAACAGAUCAGGUUUCAAUGUGGCAAAUUUGAGCAUAGCUGGUUUUCCUGCUGGGGGGUAUUGCCAAUGGUCUGAACACAAGAAGAUUACUUUUGGAGGAAUGUAGUGUCUGAUUAGUGCAUCAAACAUGAAAGUGAUAUACCCAUCGCUCAACAUGCGUGCUUUUCUUCAUGUUCUUUAUGACUUGUGGAAGCCUUUUGUUGUGUGAUUUUAUUGUAAAGAGUUAUUUGACAAGUCCACUUGUUUAUUCCUGUAGCAAAUCUGUAGAAAAUUCUACAAAAAAAAAAAAGAAAUAUAUAACUAUAAUUUUUCAGUUAUUUGAAAUUAAAUGUGGUGUGGUGUAGCAACAUGGAGGUUGUGGGAUCUUCGUGUUCUCUGUGUGUCAUCCUGAGCUUUUGAAAGCCUUAAUUACAUAGCAGCAGCUGUCCAAACUGGCUGCUUCAGGUCGAGGAGCACUGGCUCUGGAUUGUGAGAGAGCAUGGUACACAUGCACAUUAUAUGGUUUGGUAAGAACAUUUUCUGCUAGAGUUGCUGCUGUUUUUGUCUAAAAGUCGAAUCACAGGACUGAAAUUAAGUGAACCACUUGAGGAGACUCUGGACCGGACCUGUCCCGAGGCCUCCAGUGUCGGCCAGAGCCGGAAACGGAGCAGGAGGCUGUUGGCAUGGCGACAGGUGCAUCUCAGAUCAGUGCAGUCCAGUUGGGUCUCCAAAAGAGCUUGGUGGGAUGCAGCUUUGGAAACACGGCGUGUGUGCGCACCGGGGCCCGCCUGCAUGUCAGUCGGGAUGUGUGUCCGUUUAAAUAAAAACAUGAAAACCCUUUGAACAAAUAUUCAACCUUUAUCAUAAUUUUUCUGAUCUUGAAUGACUAAAUAUAUCAUUUUAAAUAUAGCAUUUUGUGCCAUAUCAUUACAUCAGUAACACUCAACACGAUUCAAAAUGCCAUCCGGUACCUCUCUCCAUAAGACACACGGUAGCAUUUUACAAAUUAGCUUCGACGAGCCUUAGAUGUUCUGAACAUAAAAUCAUAAAAUGCAUUUCCAGUGCUGCCUUUAGACCUUUGGACACACAUGCAUAAACAAACGCACGCACGCACGCACGCACAUGUGCGUGCACACACAAACACACUCACGCAUACAUGCUGACCUUCACACAUAUAUUGACCUGUGUCGCCAUGUUGUGUGUGGGCGAGGUUGUUGGGUUUUUUUUUUUUGUUGGUUUUUUUUCCAAAUAAAACUUUGAAAAGAGUCUGAGCA